UGUUUUUUUCUAUGUUUUCGUCUUUCUCUGUUAAGUUUGUGGACUAUAACAUUUAUAAUAUUUAUAAAGGAAGUUUAAACUAGAAUAUUUUUAAACAUGAAUUAAGACAUAACCUCCAAAACAUUUAUCGAGCACGAUAUACAAUAAAAUAUACGUUAUAAAUUGAAGUAUAUGGAGAAAUAAUUUUUUUCUUAUAGAUUGUACUUGAUACGUUAAUAAUAUUUCAACAUAAUUUUUUAGAUGCAUGUUACAUAUAUUCUUUGCAUAUCUACUUAGCAGAUAUAACAUGUAUAUUCCAGUGAACAUCAACUAACAAUAACAUAAUAUUAUAGUUUCCCACUCAACAAUGUAAAUGCGCAAUAUAGCACGUGUGUUAUGUAACAUUGUCCAGUUACAUUGUCCAGUACGAAAUUAUAACAUUGAUGUCUUGUUACUACUAUUUGGUGUUCAUUCGGAUUUUAUUAUCUCUGAAUGUAAAGUCUCUAUGCAGAUGUUGCGUAUGCUGUAACAGAAUCUGAUAUCAUGGAAAUCAACGAUGGAGUUUCGAGCAUAUUUUGUUCAGAACAUACUGUACGAAUGAAUGACACCUUCAAUGCUUUUCAAAUGUCGCAUCGACCAGAAGUAACGUCGUAUCGAAAACAUAUAAGAUUAAAAAAGAGCAUGAGUUUACCAGAUGAUACAUUAGAAUAUUGGGGAUUUUACCUGUUAAAAGGUGCAACUGUAGUUCUCUCUGUGUGUUCAAGAUUUGAGGGAGCCUCCAUAUUAGUGGUGAAAGGAGAGAAGAAUUUACAAACCUGUGGCCUGUUGGAACACAAUAUUGAGAAGGAUCAAGCACUCUUUAUGCCAGGAGCCAAUAAACAAGUUAAAAUAAUAUAUGAAUCGAAUGCGCAAGAGAUUGAUUCUAAUGAGAUACUUGGGUCUGUUAAAACGUACAGUAUCAAUGAUACGCAAUCACAUGUGCGUGUAAAUUCUAAGUCUAAGGACCUUUUGAAGGGAGAUUUUAAAGUUUCUACAAUAGAUAAUAGCGCACAGGCGCAUAAUGCAAGUUCAGUGGCUUUAAAAAAUGACGAAAGUUUAGAGAUGUUGUACAGAAAGGCAGCUACUUAUGUCCACAAAUAUACGGAUCAUUAUCGAGCGACAACGGUGAACAAUACUAGAGAAAUGAGACACACUACAAACAGACAACGUGGUACGAAGAAAAACAAGAGGAAGAGAAUAGAAAACAGUACAGAAAAUACUCAAAAGUACUCGAGAAAGAUGCGUGUAAAAAAAUUAGAACGGGUAUUGCAUUCGGUCAGCGAAAAAGACGUAUAUAAACAGUCGGCAAAAGUGGAAGAUACUAGUCUGAAGAACGCCAAAAGACUCAAAAGAAGUCGAGAACUCGUGAAACCGCCAUCGUUGUUAGAUCAAGGCAUCAGACACGGUGGUAAUGCCGAUAAGAAUAUGUCCGAAUCAAACGACGAGUCGUCUGUCUCCAGUUUCGAGUAUGGCUUAUUUAACUGUUACGGUGGAUCGAUAUUGUUGGCACACGAGUUCGAACCUUCCAAUCAAUGUACUGAUAUUAGCUAUUUACUCAGUGGCAAGCACAUACAGACAAGCCACCACGUUGAAGAGAACGGUUAUUAUUAUUAUAUUUUCUAUAGCGAUAACGACGUCGUAUCUAAUGACAUUUAUGCGGUCUUUGAUAUAUAUAAACCAACUUUUCAAUAUGAGAAUAUAACCAAGUCUUGCAUUAAUCAAACCGAAUGCUCGUUUUCUGUAAAUAUGUUAUCACCGGAAAGGGUGAUUGUCGAAAUACCAACCAAGGAUGGUAUAGAGCACGACGAAACGGACGAUGUUAGUAUGUUGAUUUCUACGUGCCAACCGCGAAUGGGUAUAUAUGUUAUUUUCCCAAUUGCAAUAUUGUCUGUAAUUCUUGGCUGCGCUUACAUUGAAUGAAUAUAAAUAACUCUGUAUAUUUCGACUCAAAGAUAUUCGCCCGAGUAAAUAUAUGCCUAUCAUUGGAAGUGCAAAAGUAUUAUUUUAUUAAAAAUACAAGUAUGAUUUUUUUAUCAUAUGAAAAUUUGGUACAGGGUUCGGGUAAAAGGGAUUUCAUUAUGUUAUCUAUCGCAUGUAAUAAAUAAUUUAUUCAUAAGUUGAAUAAGAC